AACAGUGCCGAAAGCAAAAUGUUUCAAGUUUCGCGCUUUAUCGCCCCGGGACAGUGUCAGCUGAAGGGUUGCGUUCGGCUGGCCGCACUCCAGUCUAGCCGCCACAUCACUACCAGCCGUGCGACUAGCAAGGAUGUUGGCUUUCGCACGGAAUCGGACACGUUCGGGGAGCUGAAAGUGCCGAACGAUAAAUACUAUGGCGCCCAGACCGUUCGCUCAACGAUGAACUUUCCUAUCGGUGGCCCAACCGAACGGAUGCCACAGCCCGUGAUUACCGCCAUGGGCAUCCUGAAGAAGUCGGCCGCUCUCGUGAACAAGGAGUACGGUCUGGAUCCGAAGAUCGCCGAUGCGAUCGCUCAGGCUGCGGACGAUGUGAUCUCCGGUAAGCUGUACGACGAUCACUUCCCGCUCGUAAUUUGGCAGACCGGAUCCGGUACGCAAACGAACAUGAACGUCAACGAGGUGAUCAGCAACCGGGCCAUUGAGCUGCUCGGUGGUCAGCUCGGCUCGAAAUCGCCGGUCCACCCGAACGAUCACGUAAACAAGUCGCAAUCGUCGAACGACACGUUCCCGACAGCGAUUCACGUUUCGGUGGCGCGCGAACUAACCGGUAACCUCAAGCCGGCCAUUAAGACACUGCACGAUGCACUGAAAGCGAAGUCGCACGAGUUUAAGGACAUCAUUAAGAUUGGCCGGACGCACACGCAGGAUGCGGUGCCGCUUACGCUGGGCCAAGAAUUCAGCGGCUACGUACAGCAGAUGGCUUUUGCACUGGACCGCAUCGACGCCGUCCUACCGCGGGUUUACAUGCUCGCGAUCGGUGGCACCGCCGUCGGAACGGGACUGAACACGCGCAUCGGAUUUGCCGAGAAGGUGGCGGCCAAGAUUGGCGAACUGACGGGGCUGCCGUUCGUGUCGGCACCGAACAAAUUCGAAGCCCUUGCGGCGCGUGAUGCGAUGGUGGAAGUAUCGGGAUGCCUCAACACGAUCGCCGUAAGCUGCAUGAAGAUUGCCAACGAUAUCCGCUUCCUCGGAUCCGGCCCGCGUUGCGGCCUGGGUGAGCUGAGCCUGCCAGAGAACGAGCCUGGCAGCUCGAUCAUGCCCGGCAAGGUUAAUCCUACCCAGUGCGAGGCAAUGACCAUGGUUUGCGCACAGGUGAUGGGCAACAACGUGGCGGUUACCGUCGGCGGCUCGAAUGGUCAUUUUGAGCUGAACGUGUUCAAACCACUGGUGGUGUCGAAUGUUCUUCGCUCGAUCCGUCUGCUGUCGGACAGUGCCCGUACGUUCACGAAGAACUGCGUCGUCGGUAUUGAGGCGAACCGCGCCAACAUCGACAAGAUCAUGAACGAAUCGCUGAUGCUGGUGACGGCGUUGAACCCCCAUAUCGGCUACGACAAGGCUGCCAAGAUUGCCAAGACUGCGCACAAGGAAGGCACGACUCUGAAGCAGUCCGCCCUCAAACUGGGCUACCUCACCGAGGAACAGUUCGCCGAGUGGGUUCGCCCGGAGAACAUGCUCGGCCCGAAGUAGGGAUCGAUCGGACAUCGAUCACCCAAGUGAAAGUGGUUCGGAGUUGUGUUUUGAAAACAAAAAUGAGUGUGUAGAAGCAGAGAAAACACGAAAAAAAUAUUUAUUUAACUAAA